CCCCGACCGCGGCCCGAGCAGCCCGGGAGUCGUGGCCGAAUCCCGUAGCCCCUGCAGCGGACAAAGGACCAUGCGGUGCUGCAGGCGCUGAGCGCAGCAGGGUGGGCCGGGGGAUGUGGGGCGGGGCAGGAGGGGCCGGGGGGCCGCAGCGACGCCCCUGACUGUGGCGCCGCGAUGCCGUGGUUCCCGGUGAAGAAGGUCCGCAAGCAGAUGAAGCUGCUGCUGCUGCUGCUGCUGCUCACCUGUGCCGCUUGGCUCACGUAUGUGCACCGGAGCCUGGUGCGCCCGGGCCGCGCGCUACGCCAGCGGCUGGGCUACGGGCGAGAUGGUGAGAAGCUGACAGGUGUGACCGACGGCCGGGGUGUCCGAGUGGCAUCAUCCACACAGAGGGCAGAGGAUUCCAGUGAAAGUCAUGAAGAGGAGCAGGCGCCCGAGGGGCGGGGCCCAAACAUGCUGUUUCCUGGAGGAGCUAGGAAGCCACCCCCACUGAACCUCACCCACCAGACACCCCCAUGGCGGGAAGAGUUCAAAGGACAGGUGAACCUGCACGUGUUUGAGGACUGGUGUGGGGGUGCGGUGGGCCACUUGAGACGGAACCUGCACUUCCCACUCUUUCCUCACACUCGGACCACCGUGACAAAGUUAGCUGUGUCCCCUAAAUGGAAGAACUACGGACUCCGGAUUUUUGGCUUCAUCCACCCAGCCAGAGAUGGAGACAUCCAGUUCUCUGUGGCUUCGGAUGACAACUCUGAGUUCUGGCUGAGCUUGGAUGAGAGCCCAGCAGCCGCUCAGCUUGUAGCCUUUGUGGGCAAGACUGGCUCUGAGUGGACCGCGCCUGGAGAAUUCACCAAGUUCAGCUCUCAGGUGUCUAAGCCACGUCGGCUCAUGGCCUCCCGGAGAUACUACUUUGAACUGCUUCACAAGCAAGAUGACAAGGGUUCAGACCAUGUGGAAGUGGGUUGGCGAGCUUUCCUGCCUGGUCUGAAGUUCGAGAUCAUCGGUUCUGCUCACAUUUCCCUGUACACAGAUGAGUCAUCUCUGAAGAUGGACCAUGUGGCCCAUGUGCCCCAGUCUCCAGCCAGCCAUGUAGGAGGAUUCCCUCCACAGGAGGAACCCAGUGCCGACAUGCUGCAGCCGGACCCCAGGGACACCUUCUUCCUCACUCCUCGGAUGGAACCUUUGAUCCUGGAGAAUAUACUGGAGCCCUGUGCCUAUGCGCCCACCUAUGUCCUCAAGGAUUUCCCCAUAGCCAGAUACCAAGGACUACAGUUUGUUUACCUGUCCUUCAUCUACCCCAAUGACCAUACCCGUCUCACUCACAUGGAGACAGACAACAAGUGCUUCUACCGUGAGUCCCCACUAUACCUGGAAAGGUUUGGGUUCUAUAAAUACAUGAAAAUGGACAAGGAGGAAGGAGAGGAAGAUGAGGAGGAGGAAGUUCAGCGUCGAGCCUUCCUCUUCCUCAACCCAGAUGACUUCCUGGAUGACGAGGAUGAGCAGGAACUGUUAGAUAGCCUGGAGCCCAGCGAUGCUUCCGUACAGCAGAGCCACAGGACCCCCACCCCAGCAGCCACCACUGGAACUACAGCCAGCCCUACCCCACCUACAACGAGUCCUCUGGAUGAGCAGACCCUCAGACACUCCCGGGCACUGAAUUGGGCCCCACGCCCCUUACCUCUCUUCUUGGGGCGAGCUCCACCUCCCCGAACUGUGGAGAAGUCGCCUUCCAAGGUGUAUGUGACCAGGGUACGACCUGGACAGCGGGCUUCCCCAAGGGCAUUGAGAGACUCACCUUGGCCACCCUUCCCCGGUGUCUUCCUGCGCCCCAAGCCUCUGCCCAGAGUACAGCUACGGGUGCCCCCACAUCCACCUCGGACCCAGGGCUAUAGGACCAGUGGCCCCAAGGCCACAGAACUAAAGCCCCCAGUCAGGGCACAGACCAGCCAGGGAGGCCGGGAGGGCCAGUUGCAUGGGCAGGGACUCAUGGCGCCCACCGUGGACUUGAAUUCCUCAGUGGAAACCCAGCCUGUGACCUCCUUCCUGAGUUUGUCUCAGGUCUCCAGGCCACAGCUGCCUGGAGAGGGUGAAGAAGGGGAGGAGGAUGGGGCCCCUGGUGACGAGGCCACAUCUGAAGACAGUGAGGAAGAGGAGGAGCGGGCUGCCGGGCGGCCACCGGGCCGCUGGCGUGAGGACGCUAUUGACUGGCAGCGCACGUUCAGCGUGGGCGCCAUGGACUUCGAGCUGCUGCGCUCUGACUGGAACGACCUACGCUGUAACGUAUCCGGGAACCUGCAGCUUCCUGAGGCCGAAGCAGUGGACGUGGUGGCUCAGUACAUGGAGCGGCUGAAUGCGCGGCAUGGCGGGCGCUUCUCGCUUCUACGCAUCGUGAACGUGGAGAAGCGCCGCGAUUCGGCGCGCGGAAGCCGCUUUCUUCUGGAACUGGAAUUGCAAGAGCGCGGAGGCCGCCGCCAGCGCCUAUCCGAAUACGUCUUCCUGCGAUUGCCCGGAGCCCGCGUUGGGGAUGAAGAUGGAGAAAGUCCCGAGCCCCCUCCUGCCGCCUCAAUUCACCCUGACAGUCGCCCAGAGCUCUGCCGGCCUUUGCAUCUGGCCUGGCGUCAGGAUGUCAUGGUUCAUUUCAUUGUACCAGUGAAGAAUCAGGCGCGCUGGGUGGUGCAGUUCCUGGCAGACAUGACCGCGCUGCAUGCGCGUACCGGGGACUCCUACUUCAACAUCAUCUUAGUGGACUUUGAAAGCGAGGACAUGGAUGUGGAGCGAGCCCUGCGUGCGGCCCAGCUACCUCGGUACCAGUACUUGAGACGAACUGGAAACUUCGAGCGCUCUGCAGGCCUGCAAGCUGGAGUGGAUGCAGUGGAGGACCCCAGCAGCAUCGUCUUCCUCUGUGACCUGCACAUCCACUUCCCACCUAAUAUCCUGGACAGCAUCCGCAAGCACUGUGUGGAGGGCAAGCUGGCCUUCGCCCCUGUGGUCAUGCGUCUGGGCUGUGGGAGCUCACCGUGGGACCCACACGGUUACUGGGAAGUGAAUGGAUUUGGCCUCUUUGGGAUCUACAAAUCAGACUUUGACCGAGUAGGAGGCAUGAACACUGAGGAGUUCCGUGACCAGUGGGGAGGCGAGGACUGGGAACUUCUGGACAGGGUCCUGCAGGCAGGGCUGGAGGUGGAGAGGCUUCGACUGCGACACUUCUACCACCACUAUCACUCGAAGCGAGGCAUGUGGGCCACACGCAGCCGCAAAGGCGCCCGCACACAGCGAUCCUGAAGACCUGGCCGCCCUCUGGGCCACUGGGUCUUGGUGCAGCAGGUCGAAGCUGCGUCCUGAGCUUGAUUCAGGCUCUGCCACCACCUGUGCUGGCCCCUGAAAGCCUCCUCUGUGACUCCAGAGAGGCAGCGCUCCUGGCACGGCAGCACCUUGGUCCCCACACUCCCUGAUGAUUUCUGUGAAAUUUUCCGUAGCAAUGACAUUGUUUUCAGAAUUUACAAGAGUU